AUGGAGAGCCCAGCUCCAACCCCGCGGUCUCCAAAUGGGGACCGCUCCUCCGUGCUCCGCUUCUUCCGCAGCCUGGUGAGGAGCAGGGGGAGCCCGGAGAGCGCCCACAGCCCCCUGCUGGGCCGUCAGGAGGGCCCCUCGCAAGAGCCGCGCGCUGGGUCCUUGACGCCCGGCCAGGGGAUCAGCGUCCGAACCCUGGAGGUGGAGCAGAGGGCCACGGGGCCACUGGAGGUCAGCCCGGAGGCCCCAGCCGUGGAGGCGCAGUGUCUGCUGGAUGGAGAACUCAGGCUGGCUUCUCUGAACGUGGGGGCGACUCCCUGGAACCACAUCCUCACCCUGUACAAGCAGUUUCAGAAGCUGGCCAUGGCCAAGCUGCCUGCCAAGGAGGAAGGCGAGGAAGAGGAAAUGGAGGAAGGGCUCUGUAUCCCAGUCACCCUCCAGCCGCCACUGCACAAGAGGCUGAGGCCAAUAGAUACAGUGGGUUUCGUGCAGUCAGAGUUAAAGAAGUUUCUGGCCGCACAGCAGGAGUCCCGCCGCCGGAGGAUGGGCAGCCAGGCGCCUCUGGUCCCGCCCGAGUUCUCCCUGGAGGGCAUUGUGGGUGACCAGUGCCUGCUCCUCGAGGAGAUGCAUGACCUGGGGGACUGGCCUCCGCUCGAGUGA